GUAAAAUGUCCACGAGAAUGCACGAGACUGUUCCGUACCAUGACAACGUUGAUACAAACCAACAUGGCUGACUAUAUUUACAUAUAAUACACAGGUAUUGAAUGAUGUCAUCCGUAAUACCAAUGCCCACCAUUGAGGAGAGGGAAAACAUCAACAAGGCCCAGCAGGUGCCCCUAUCAGGAUUCAGCCCCCGCCCCAUACAAAAAUUGGCCAUACGGAGAAAGCCCAGAUCCGUGUUAGAUAUAGAAUGUAAUCACUUUUUACGAACGGAGACUAAGGACUUCACGCACGGACACGCCCCCCUGACAUAUAAACUGUGGAUUGAGGCGGGAAAGCACGACCCACCCUACCCGAAUACACCAGACCCCAACUUCAACAGUAAUGUGUGGAGAAACUUUAGGAAACAGUAUGGAUUUAACACAACUGCUGAAGGAAGAAAAAUUUCUGAAGUAUUAUCUACUAUGUACCCAUUGAACAUUCCCCCUCCUUCUCAAGUUGGGGAUCACACAUUUGAGAAAUAUAUUAGAGAAACAAAACUAUUUAAUAAUGAGAAAAUAGCCUUUCUUGCAAUGAACAGGACAAAGGCCGAUGUUCAGGAAUUCAAGAGAUUACGAUGUCGUAGUGAAGCCAGAAACCCGCCGCUUGACGAAAGUGGAAACAUUUUACCACCGGAGAACUUCAAGAAAUACGAGCAUCGUUUUCUACCCCCACCCCCUCUACCACCAACGCCUCCGCCGGCUAAUCAGAAGAUUGACUCUUUGGGCCAGCGGUAUAUUCCCCGUUCUGAGCCCCAUCUGUGGAAGCUUUCUUACAAACUAUCCCACCCCCAGUACGAGAGUGUUCGGAAAGAAAUGAAACGACGACAAGAACUGAUGAAGAACAAACCCCCAGGCGUAUCCCCCAAAACCUUUCCUUCUCCAUUGGUGCCAUGAACUCUCCUUUCACGAAUUGGUACUGAGCCGACUAUUUGUAUGACAGCUACAUUAGUUUUACUUUCGAAUCACGUUUUUAUUUUGACGAUCUAUUAUCUGCGUGGUACAAUGUAAUUUUCAUGAUUUCGUUUACAGUCCUACAAAUUAAUCCAUGAAAAUUGGAAAUAUGGUGUGCAAGUGCACAAUGUGAUCCAUAAUCAAGUUAACCCUGUUCUUAAUCAAAUGUCCCCCAAUAUCGGUCUGGGCAACUCUGUGGUGUGAAAGAAUGCAUACAUUUUUCCAGUAGUCAGUUGGUACCGAGAAAUUGAUAUCAUAUUUUAUUCUAUGUGACCAAGAGCUUGGACUUUGUGGGUGUUAAAUCAUUAUAUACAUGUAUUAUAUAUGUGUAGUGCGUCACAAAUCAUUAUAUACACGUAUUAUAUACAUGUAUUAUAUACGUGUAGUGCGUCACAAAUCAGUAUUUCACGUUUGCCAAACGACAGAAAACAAUCGUGAUACAAGAAAAGGGGAAAUUCGCCCUCGUUUACUUUGUGGAAAGAUUUUAUCAGUAUUUAUGACUCAAUACAACUGUGAUGAAUUGUUUUCUUUACUGAUAUGUGCAUGUAAUGUUUUCUUUACUGAUACGUGCACAUACUGUUUUCUAUACUGAUACGUGUAUGUAUUGUUUUCUUUACUAAUACGUGCAUGCAUUAUUUUCUUUACUGAUACGUGCAUGUAUUCUGUAUGUGCAUUGACUGUUUUCAUGACUAUUUAUCGUCCUCUUUGUUGUGCAAUCACGAUAUGUGGAAUAAAGUCUUUGAAUUGUAAUAUUUUGUUGAAUUUAAUUAAAUAAUUUAAAAAGUU